CUGACUAAAUGAACUACUCUCUCACUACCCACCAUGUAGGUGAAGGUGUGCAAUCGAUGUAAGCCCAAAAAAUAUUGGCUUAUCGGCCCCGCUAUCAGGUAUGGAAAAUGCGUUAUCAGUCUAUCAACUGGAAGUGUUGACUGUGCCCCAGAGAGAAAGAGACAGAGAGAGAGAGAGCGAGAGUGGGAAUGUGAAGAGUAUAGAGAUAUGGACAAAUGCAGAGAGGUUGUGUAUAGUUAGGCCCAAGAAUCAAUAAUGCUUAAUUGUCAACACGUUCACACAUUGACAUCGAUAAUGGCCACAACGACAACAUUAACAACGACGACGACGACGACGACGUCGACAGCGUUCCAUAGUUUCCAGCGUGGACGUCCGCCCUGCCAAGCGAUAAGGGAUUUGCUGAGCGCAAUUAGUCAGCGCGCAACAUGAGAAAGACAGGUAAUGAAUUGAAGAGCGAAUCGAAGAACGUUCGCCUUCCUUGUUAUCGGCUGACCACACAGCUAUUGCCGAUGGCCGUUCGACGUGUGCGCUUCGAACCAUUUCCUGCUGCUGCUAUUGCAGAAUGCGCCCACAUUCGCGCUGGAACCUCGCGCUGCUCGUGCUCGGUUUGAUUCUUUUCGGUUUGCUGAUCGCCGUCUACAAGAUUAGCACAUCUCCGUUGCUCAAUCAAUAUGGCAUAUUGCGUGACUAUUUGGACACCAACCGGGCGCCAAAUGAAGCAGCUGCCACACGCAGCAUUCUCCUGUGGAGCGACUUCUUUGGCGAUGCACGUUGGAGCCUGCCCGCUGAUACCUUAGGACCCGAUGAUUUCCGUCAUGAACUCGGUUGCGAGGUGUAUCAAUGUGAGCUGAGCAAUCGUCAUGACUAUUUGCCCACACUGGCGGAAUACGAUGCCAUUGUGUACCAUGUGGCACAACCAUUUCCGCUGUUGCAGCCGCUGUCCACGCAACGCUAUCCCCAUCAGACGUAUGUGUUUGCCCUAAUGGAGCCACCGGGCGAGACGAAGCAUCGUCUCAGCGAUGAGCACAACUUUUACAAUCUAACCAUGAGCUAUCGCCUCGACUCGGAUAUUGUGUGGCCCUAUGCCUAUAUGAUGGAUGUGGAGACCGGCGCUCGUGUGGCGCCCACUUUGCAGCCACAUUGGCGUCAAGUGCCUGCCGUGGGCAGCUGGAAUGAUAGCGAAGUGUUGGAGUUGUGGCCUCAGAAGUUGAAGAUGGCUGCCUGGUUUGUUUCGCACUGUGAGACGUUAUCCAAACGCGAAGAUUUGGCCGCAGCACUGCAACAACACAUUGAGGUGGACAUCUAUGGCAAGUGUGGCACACUUAGCUGCGCUCGUGGCGAUCCGCACUGCGAGGAGAUGCUUGACACCGAUUACAUGUUCUAUUUGGCCUUCGAGAAUUCGCUGUGCGUCGAUUAUGUCACCGAGAAACUCUAUUCGGCAAUGCAGCGUCGCAUUGUCCCCGUGGUCUUUGGUGGAGCUAACUACACACGCUUCUUGCCACCGCAUUCGUACAUCGAUGCCAAUCGCUUCGAGAGCGUCGAGCAGCUGGCUUCGCAUUUGCGUUAUGUGGCCAACGAUGUCAAUGAGUACAUGAGCUACUUUUGGUGGCGACAACACUAUCAACUGGUGCAACAUUCACCGUUCUGUGAUCUCUGCGCCCAGCUGCAUCGUCCUGGCGCACAGCACAGGACACAAUUCUAUGGCGACAUUGAGGCCUGGUGGUUCAACAGCUGCCGCUUUCAGUCACGCAUACGAUUCUGAACAGUACACCACGACACGACAACGAAAGAGAGGCCAAUAGAGAGGUGCAAGCGAGACAGCAGAGAGCAGUAUUUGAGCACUUAUCAUUAACGCGACCAAUUUCUUGUCUUAAGACCAUUUUGGGGCGUUGAGUCAACACUGCCGCGUCUGUUUAUCAUGCGAUGGCAUCGUAUAGAUAAUGAUUUAUUUACCAAGUCACUACACAUGUUCGGCAUGAGUUUGUUUGCACACCUUGCUUGACUAAAUUUGAACAGUCAGUGUUCAGAGCAAGACAACAAAUAUUGUGCUUAGGUUGCCCAAGUUUUAUCUACGAAAUUCUGAUCGUAUUCCAUUUACAAGAGAAUUUGUUGUUAGUUUAGUCAACUACUACAUUGAAAUCGGUUUAACGAA